CCCGGAAUGACCCCGAAUGAUCCCAAAUUGACCCCAUGACCCCCAAAUCCUCCCCCAAAUGACCCUAAAAUUUCCCCCACAGUGGACGGAAUUCACGGAUCGCACCUUGGCACGAUGUCCCCACUGCAGGAAAGUCUCCUCCAUUGGCCGCCGUUACCCGCGCCGCCGCUGCCUCUGCUGCUUCUUCCUGGGGCUGCUGAUGGCCGCCUCCGCCACCGGCCUGGCUGUGGGGACGUGGGCAGCAGCCCGUCGCUGGGGGGCUCUACACGCGUGUUGGGCCGUGUUGGUGGCGGGGGCCGGAGCGUGUUUGCUACGAGCCGGAUACUGGGGCUGCGUGAGGGUCAGCCACCCCAUCCCACAACGCGCCUGAACACGCCAACGACACGCCAAGGUCACGCUAAGGACACGUGUCCGACCGUCUCGCCAGCUCCAACACGCCAAGGUCACGCUAAGGACACGCUAAAGUGUGUGUGUGGGGGGGGGGGGGGGGGGGGGGGGGGGGGGGGAUGAGGUGAAGGAUGGGCCGAGGUGGUGGUGGUGGUGGCGUUGCGUGAGGUGGGACACGCUAAGGACACGCUAAGGACACGCUAAGGGCAUGCUUAGGUCACGGUGGGUUCAUCGUGUGGUUUUCGGUGGACGUGUGGGUAUAGGAACAUGCUAAGGACAUGCUUAGGUGGUGGAACAUGCUAAGGACAUGCUUAGGUCAUGGAACAUGAUAAGAACAUGCUUAGGUGGUGGAACAUGCUAAGGACGUGCUUAGGUCGUGGAACAUGCUAAGGACACGCGUAGGUCAUGGAACAUGCUAAGGACAUGAGGCUGUCAUGUAACAUGCUUCGGACAGGCUUCAGGUAUGGGAACAUGCUAAGGACAUGCUUGCGUCACGGAACACGCUAAGGGCGUGGGUUCAUCAUCCGACAUUCCUCAGACGUGCUGAAGUCAUUGGACAUGCUGAGGACACGCCAGCGUCAUGGCACAUGCUAAGGACAUGGAUUGACUUCAUGGCAUUCCACGGGUCACGCAACACGCUAAGGCUAAGGACACGCUUAGGUCACGUGACAACACGCUAAGGACAUGGAUGUACCCUGUGAGGAUCCCGGCGUGCGGUCGGGUCACGCAACACGCUAAGAACAUGCUUAGGUCACGUGACAACACGCUAAGGACACGGGUUUAACCUGUAAGAAUCUUCUGUCAGAUGAACACGCUAAGAACACGCUUAGGUCACGUGACACGCUGGGAAGAUCACGUGACGUUCCUGGGAGCCAUCUUGGAUCGACCCCACCAUCAUGGCGGCCACCUUGGGUCAUGUGACACGGCGGCCAUCUUGGAUCGUUGCGCGGGGUUGAGUCGCGUGAUGUGGCGGCCAUCUUGGAUGAGCCCACGUGACUCGUCGGCCAUCUUGGAUCCACCGCAGCGGCCAUCUUGGGUCCACAGGCGCCAUCUUGGAUCGACCCACAUUAUCUAUCAUGGCGGCCGUCCUGGGUGGAGUCACGUGACGCGGCGGCCAUCUUGGAUCGACCCACAUUGUCACGGCUGUCAUUUUCCUUCGAGUCACGUGACCCAGCGGCCAUCUUGGAU